UAUAAUGACAGAUCCAAAUCUUUCCAUGGACAUUUCUGCGGAGAAAGACUGUCUUCCUGUAAUGGAACGGCAGAACAGCAAAGACGACAUCUUCCUAACUCAACACAAGUCAAAUCUAAAGGUAGACAAGCUUAUUCAGCCUGAACAACAUAGAUAUGGAGAGUGCAACUUGCGUGACUCAGAUCCAACACUUAGAAGCAUGGAUAACAUAUUUCCCAAUCUGACCAUUGUUUCAACUGGAAACUCUGCGGCUGUUCAUUUUGGAAAUGAAAACCUUCUACUUGGAGAAAAACAUCCAAAUAUUGAACAUACUGAAACAAGCAGGAUUGUUUCCAUAUGGAGGACAAUAGCAGAAUUUAAUGUCUCUGUGAUCAAUAUUACUGGCUUACAUGAGGCUGAACUUUACCUGGGCUCUGUUAAUAAUGCCAUUGGUCAGCUGGCGAAUGAAAAUGAAAUCCAUGCCUUCAUCUUUGUUGUGCGACUGGGUCAGUUAACAGAUGCUGAUAAGAUGGGUCUUGAAUGGCUUCAGAGAGUGUUUGGUGACAAAGUUCUUCAGUUUGUGAUCAUUCUCUUCACCUAUGAGACAGAAGAAGAGUGUAACACUUUAAAAGAUGAUCUGAAAAACAACCCCGUUCUGGAGCAGCUGAUGGAGAAAUGUGGAGGAAGAUAUCACACCUGUAACAAGAUGAUGAACAGCCAAUCAGAGAUGAGAGACCUGAUGAAGAAGAUUGUGCAACUGUUUAAUGAGAAUAAACAGCAGCACUACACUGGAGCGAUGUUCAACACUGUGUUAAAAGAGACAGAAGCUCAACAAAACCCAGAAUGUGAAAGUGAUGAUGAGCCCACAGUCAAUAAAGAAGGAAAGGAAGCUGCUACAACAUCAAAGACUGGAGUAAAACAGGGAAUAAACAAGGACUUGGUAACAGAAGUCAGAUCAGAUGAAUUCCUACAACAAGAGACUGAAAAAUUGGGUCUUCUAUUACACAGACUUAAUCUUGAAGUCAGGCACCGCAAUAAACUGAAAACUACAGAUGUUCUUCAGUUAACUGAUCAUUCAUUACAUUCACAAGAGUCUUGUGAUAAGGAGGAGCUGAUUCAGAUUUUCAUACAAAAACUACUGGUGAUGAACUACAGAGCAAGAUACAUUCAUGUUAAGGCCAAUAAACAGGAUCAAGCACAACAAAGAAACAAUAAAUCUCAAGAUCAGGGUGAUGUUUUUGAUGAUGUUUUAAAAGAUGUAUCUUUAUCAAACAAAGGAACAAUCCAAUCUGACCUCAUUCACCCAAUGGAUGUUCAGAUGACUGCGUUUCAUUGUGCUGAUGGUUUUCUGAAGCAGCUGAUGGUGACUAAACUGUCCCAGUGUCAGUACGCUCUGCCUCUGCUUGUUCCUGGUCCAUUCACACAACAGACUGAGUUUCCUCUCUGGACAUUCAGACAAGUCAACAAGAGCUGGAAGAUGAGGAACACCAACAAUGAAAUGAUCAGUCAAACCCAGCCGAUCUACAAGGCACAAACUCCGAUGGUGUUUUUCUUCAGGUUUGGCUCUGUGUCUUCAUCCAAGACUCAGCUGAUGAACAGUCUGAUCAAUGAGAAACACAACACUUUCUUCCACAGGAACUGUCCAGGGAGCAGCAGAACCAGAGUCCUGAUGGAUGGAGUGGUGGAGAUCGCCUGGUUCUGCCCCUCUGGAACAAAUGAUGAUAAAUUCCCUGACUGUGUUGCGUUCUGUAAUCUACACGGUGAUGCAGGAGACCAUGAGAAACAGCUGCAGAUCCUCACUGAAAUGGCCUCAGUCAAUGUUGUUCUUCUGACAAAACUUGACAGGAGUGACAGACAUGCAGCAAAGAUCCAAAACCUAUACAAAGACAGAAAUCCACUCAUUUUCCUUUUUACAGAAGGUGAAUCUGAAAUAAAUGAAAUGAGGGAAGGGAAAUUCAAAAUUGGUUUGAAAGACAGGAAUCAGGCAGAUGUAUCUGAAGAACUCAGAAGAGCUAUAAAAGAUUGUCUCUCACAAUCAUCUUCCACUUUCAGACUUGAAGAUGUGUCCAAACACUCAGAUAUCAGAGUAGAUGAGGAAGAUGAUGAUGACUGCAGGAGAGGAAGAGAAGCCGCACAGCAGAUGAUGACUUUACUGGAGAAGAAAAGUCUGACAGAAAUCAAAGAAUCAUUUCUGCCUCAUCAGGGGAAACUGUGGCAUCAGUGGAGUCAGAUGAACAAGGAACUACAUCGUCCUCGAGCAGAUGAGACAGAAAUGGAAAUAAGUAAAAAACACUCAGAAAUGAAGAAAAUCCGCCAAGAGCAGCAUGAAUCUGACAUCAGCAAGUUCAUGAAAUUCUUUAUUAAAGAAAUUCAAUCAGAUAAUGCAAAUAAAAAUAUGUAUUUUCUGAAAUGGUUUGAAAUACUCAUGGAUGAAUAUAUCUCUGCUGACCUUUCUGCUAUACAUAACAAAUACGACAAAAAGUGGUCAAAAGUUGAAAGACUGAAAGAGAAUUAUGAUGAAUCUGAGAAACUGAUAACUGAACAAGCUGAACUGGAGAGAAUAUCUGAGGAACUUCAAGCUGCAGCCUUUGGUUUGCAGCACAUCAUGAGGGAGAUCGGUCAGAUCUAUGAAUCAUGUUCAUCUGUGAACAAGAACAAGAAAGACCUGCAGGUUCACUUCUCUUCUCUCCCGAGUCUUGCAGCAGAGAUGAUGAUCUCUGGAUUUCCACUGGAGCUGAUGGAUGGAGAUGCUGCUCAUGUUCCUGUGAUCUGGAUCUCUGCUGUUCUAGAUCAACUCAAACAAAAACUUGGAGACCAGAGAGUCUUUGUGCUGUCAGUUUUAGGGCUUCAGAGCUCUGGGAAAUCCACCAUGCUGAAUGCCAUGUUUGGACUCCAGUUUGCCGUCAGUGCUGGCAGGUGCACCAGAGGAGCUUUCAUGCAGCUGGUCAAAGUGUCAGAUGAGAAGAAAACAGAUUUCAACUUUGACUAUAUUCUGGUUGUUGAUACUGAAGGUCUUAAUGCUCUAGAACUGGCUGGAAGAUCAACCAGACAUCAUGACAAUGAAUUGGCCACAUUUGUUGUAGGUCUUGCAAAUCUGACUGUGAUCAAUAUCUUUGGAGAAAAUCCUGCUGAGAUGCAGGACAUUCUUCAGAUUGUUGUUCAGGCCUUCCUGAGGAUGAAGAAGGUCAGACUGAAUCCCAGAUGUGUGUUUGUGCAUCAGAACGUCUCAGGCGUCACAGCUGUAGAACAAACUAAGGAGGGAAGAAGACGACUGCAGGAAAAAUUAGAUGAGAUGACAAAACUCGCUGCUGAAGAGGAAGUUUGUGAUGCAGAAUACUUCAGCGACGUUAUUGCAUUUGAUUCACGGAAUGAUGUGAAGUAUUUUGCUCAUCUCUGGGAGGGAAACCCACCAAUGGCACCACCAAACCCAAAGUACUGUGAGAACAUUCAAGAACUAAAGAAAACUAUUAUGUCUCAUGCAAGAAAAUCUGAUAAAAUGAUGCUGGCAGACUUAAAAUAUUGUAUUAAAGAUCUCUGGGAGGCUUUACUGAAUGAACGAUUCAUCUUCAGCUUCAGAAAUUCUCUGGAGAUUUCAGCCUACAGGAAACUGGAGACGGAAUACAGUAAGUGGUCCUGGAGUCUUCGCAGUGCCAUGCUGGAAACUGAGAACAAACUACACAACAAAAUAGAAAAUGAAACAAUUAAUGAGAUUGAAGAAUUUGAUCUUCAAAGAGAACUGAAGAAGACAGGUGAAGAAGUGGAAAAAUCAAUGUCAGAGUUCUUUGACAAAGACAGAGACAAAGAUAUACUGAUUCACUGGAAAACAUCAUUUGACAUCAAAAUCAAAGAUGUUCAAGAAAAUAUUGUAAAAGAAACAAAGAGAAGAUUAAUUGAGAUUCUUCAACAGCGAGACUUAAAGAAAAAGAUUGAUGCUCAGAGGACACAUCAUGAAAACACUCUCUAUGAAAAGAGCAAAGAACUUGCUUUGAAACUCAAAGACAAAGCAAAUGAUGAAGAAACACUGAAGAAAGAGUUUAAAUCAUACUGGGAACAGUGUGUGAAGGAAAUCACCACAUACACUCCUCAAAUUAAACACAUUGACAUAUUGACAGAUGUAAAAAGGCUUCUCAGUGACAUACAUCAGGGAUAUCUCCCUCUAGAGCACAGAAAAGAGGGCACUGAAGGCAUUAUUUUCAAGUUUUCUGAAUAUGUUAUUAUCAAAAGGUCUACAAAAAAAGACAUUAGAGAUGCUGUAAUGGAUGCUAGUCAAACGGUAAAAACAUCACUUGGACAUGCUCAAACUUUGUCUACAGAGGAUGAAAACAAAUUAAGAUCAUUAGUCUCUCAAAUUGUUCAGCAGACAAACAGAAUGAUUCAGUCAUUUAACAUUUCAAAGAUGGGCUACAACAUCAGCUACAUUCAACAACUCACAGAUUACAUCAAGAAGAGAGUAACAGAACAUCAGGAAGGACCAGUGAAAUAUGUGUUCAAGAAUGAAUUCGUCAUGGAUUUGGUUCUUUCCAUCUGUAUGAGAGCAAACAAGAUGAUCACUGACCAACACAGGAUGUUUAGGGAAGCCAAUGAUCCUGUUCUCUAUUUGGAGAGAAAGAGAGAAGAGUACUAUAGUAUUUUCCAGAAAUACUGUCAAGGAGCUGCUUCAGCUGCCAUUUUUGGGACGAUCAUCUGUCAGAAACUUAAAGAACCCAUUGAGCAGAGUGUCUACAAGAAGACUGCCAGAGAUCUGGCAGGUGAAAUGAGAACAAACUGUGAAUCACUGAAUGGAAACAGAUCAAAUCUGGAGAAACACAUCCUGAAGACAAUGGCAGAAGAGGAAGACUUCAACAAAUACAUGAACUACAUUAACAAUCCCAGAGAUCACUUCAAGAGUUUCAUCAGAGAUGAAGUCAGUCGUUACAUCACUGAUAAGUUCAGUGUCAGUGUUUUACCCAAGAUGAAGGAGAACAUUAAACUCCUGCAGCAGAAGAUCAUAAAAGCAUCUCAUGAAUCUACUGAACAUGUUCAAGAGAACAGUGGAGAUGUUGGUUUGUGGUUGAAGAGUUUCACACAGCAGCUCUCAGAAGUGCUGAUCUUCUCUGAAAAAGACCUCAGUGGAGUCAAACAUGAUGAGGUUGAUGAUUUAAACCUUUUAGAAGAUGUGAUAAGACACGAACUUCCUGCUAUAAUGUCUGACAUCAGCAGUAGAUUCAACAAAAAUACUUUUCCACUAAAGCUGGAUCAUAAGCUCAGACCAGAUGAGAUUCUGAUUGAUCACUUCUGUCAGUGCUGUUGGGUUCAGUGUCCAUUCUGUACAGCCAUCUGCACCAACACCAUAGAAGACCAUAAUGGAGAUCACAGUGUUUCAUUUCAUCGUGUUAUUGGACUAAAUGGAAUAUAUUUCUUCAAUACAGAAAACCUGUCUACCCAUAUCUGCACAUCAGCAGUAGCAAGCAGCACUCUCUAUUUUUUCACUGAUGAAUCACAUAAAGUCCUCUACAGAGAAUACAGAACAGCAGGAGAAGAUUUUAUGAAAUGGAGCAUCACCCCUGAUCUCUCUGAACUGCCCUACUGGAAGUGGUUUGCGUGCAGAUUCCAGAAAGAUCUGGAAAAAUACUACAGUAAAACAUUUGCGGGACAGGGUAAGAUUCCAGCUGAAUGGAAAAACUACUCUAAGCAGGAUGCUUUAGAGAGUUUGGAUAAAUACAUUUAAUUGAACAAGUAAAACAAAAAAUCUUUAAAUCACAGUUCACACAAUACAGCAAAUAGUAGAAUUCAAGUGCUCUUUCUCAUCUGUUCCACAUGCUAGUAUCUGUAAAUGUUGAAAAAAAUGCUUGAGUUAUGAGAAAACAGUCUUCAUUUGCAAUUAUGAAAAUCAAA